ACCAACAAUAGCUACGAGUGACAGCUGAUAUCAGCUGAUCGUUCAAAGUUGUCACCGAAUUGCGGAGUUGACUCUUGUCGGUAGGGUGGAGUCAUGCGUAUCUGCAGUUGGGAGAGAAGUGAACGGUUAAAAUCUUCUCAAUGUAUAAAAUAGUCCAUGUCGGUCCCAAACUUUCCCGUGCAAAAAGGACAACUUCAAAAUUCUGACCGUGUGACGUGGAACACUGCCGAUAGCCUUGGAAGGGGUGCCACAGCUGUUGUCUACCUUGGCCGCGAAAAGUUGAAUGGCAGUGUGGUGGCUGUUAAAGUUUUUCAUGAGCAUGUUUCAAUGGUGGCGGGAGAGCUGGAUCUACUCCGAAGACUCAAGCACGAAAACAUCAUCCCCCUGCUCUACGUCGAACAUGAGCACAUCUCAAGACGCGUCGUGCUUGUCAUGCAAUACUGUGAAGGAGGAAGCUUGUAUCACAUGUUGGAUCAGCCACAGUACGUCCAUGGAUUGCCAGAAGAAGAGUACCUCCUUGUUCUCAAACAUGUUGCAAGUGGUAUGGAAUACCUCCGACAGCGCGGCAUCAUACAUCGGGACCUCAAACCAGGGAACAUUAUGCGCCAUAUUACUGAAGAGGGCAGCUCCAUCUACAAGCUGACAGACUUUGGGGCAGCUCGUGAACUCCAUGAAGAAGAAAAUUUCACAAGUCUCUAUGGAACCGAGGAAUACCUCCACCCUGGCAUGUAUGAAAGAGCUGUGCUACGGCUACCAACUGGACAAAGAUUUGAUGCUACAGUUGACCUGUGGAGUCUCGGGGUCACGUUUUACCACGUGGCCACUGGGGAUCUGCCGUUCAAGCCAUAUGGUGGCCGCAGCAACAGAACUAAAAUGUUUGAAAUUGUUUCCCAAAAAGCCAGUGGAGUUAUUUCUGGGGUUCAGAACUUUGAUCAAGGCCCUAUCAACUGGAGUUACGAGCUGCCCCUGACGAGCCCUCUAUCAAGUGGAUUGAGGAAACUCGUCGUUCCCCUACUAGCAGGUCUCAUGGAGACAGAUGAGGCUAGAGUCAUAACCUAUGAUGCUUUUUUUAAUGCCGUGUACAAAAUCAAUAGCAAACUCACCUUGUCAAUAUUUCAUACAUCAUCUUGUACUCAUCUCAAGCUUUACCUGGACAAGACUGACACAUAUUCAACUCUGAGGGAGCACAUAGCAUCCCUCACAGAGAUCCCUGCAACAGAACAACUGUUGUUGCUAAAUGGCAAGCUGCUGGAAGAGAUCAUCGACCCGACAGCCACCAUCAAUUCAUACCCUCUCCAUGUGUUACAAGCUACAAUCUUCCUUUACCAAUGUGACAUGAAAUCUCAGGAAAAAGAAAAACUGCACCACCCUGACAUACCUCGGGUGCCAGAUUUUGUCAAUUUUAUUGAAAUGGACAAAGACAUGCGACUGGCUCACAGCUGCUGUGCUAGAGCCCACCUUAUCAAGCGGUACACAGCGGAGACUGUGCAGAAACAGGAGAUGCUGGUAGAAGCUGAGCUCUGCCUCAGGUUAUAUCUCCAGUUCAGACUGAAAUGUUCAGGAGAAAGGUUCCUGACAAUGUCUCAGCUGCUAUCAGAGUCAAAGAAGAGGUUUGAGACAUUCUACUCCAUGAUGGAAAUGAUCAGGAUGCUUCUGAAUGUGAUGAAAUACCCAGGUACAACCAUGGACGACAUCCUCCGGGACAGGACACUGCUCACAGUACAUGCCAAGGCAGAGGAGAGAACUUUGGAGAUAGUCAACUAUCGCACCGCGCUGGUUGAGAGGCUCGAUCAGGAUGAGGUUCGCAUGAAGAAAUGGUGUGCCAGAUGCAAGGACACAGACUGUUUGUCAAAGAUCAGUCACCAUCUCUCCGUGAUAGCCAGUAUACAGAGCCGUUUCCGCCGUGACCGCAAUGUGAAGGAUCAGAUGACAUCACAUGAUCAACAAAUACAUGGAUUUGAAAGACAAAAGUUGCAAGAUCAGAGUGUGUCAAUCUCAUCCAUCCUGCAAGAUCACUGCUACAGAAACCUGGACAUCAUGUACACAGAUUCCAUGAACUUCUUCGCGGCACUUUCAAAGAACCUGAACCGCAUCUCAAAGAUCGAGAAAAACAUUGAGAGUGUGAUUGAUUGCCAACAACUGUUAAGCACAAAACUUGACAAAACUGAAGCCAAAUGCCAGGAGAUAUUUGAGAAAGUGCAGACGUGGGUGACAAAUGGGGAUCAGUUCACAUACAGCCGGCUGCUGCCAACAGCCCCAGCUGAGUCAGUGCCUGAGUUGACCAUUGCUGGACAAGCCAAAAACAGAGAUGAAGGCUAUGGCGGGAGUCGUAGUGCUGGUGUGACGUACAGUGCUGUGCAAGGUGCAGCAGUUCAGCCUAGCCUGUUGACCAGUGCUAGUGCUAGUGACCUUUCAACAGAGAUUCGUUCUCUGAUGCAAGAAAGCAGACAGAUUGCUGGUUUGGUGGAAGAAAACACAGAGCUGAUCAAGAAAUUCGAAGAAAAUGCGCUUCAUAGUUCUGGAUCGCUGUCAAGAAAUCUCACUCAAAAAGGAGUUCAAAAUUGAAUGUCAUAGACAAAUUGGAUGUAUUUGGAACAUGGAAAUAAAAUAAAAUAAGCAGUUAAGAAAUCUAAAUUAUUUGUGGCUACCCUUUUGAAUGGUUUUGAGUUGAACGUGGCAUGAUAACUGCAAUGUAUCCAGUUUUUUCUCUUUUAUUAGUGAAAUGCCAUUCAAACCCAAGGCUGAGUAUCCUUUUCUACUGCUAUUUACAGUUGGGAACAUCUUUUGAUGUCCCUCUCCAUGUUCAAUGAAAAACCUGUCUGAAACUACUAUGACUUCAAUUUUGGAUUCUGAGUGACCAUUUCAUAAAAGGUACCUUCUAUGAAGGAAACCCUUAGGAGGGUAGCUUCUAUGAAGUAGCAGCUGAUGACGAACCUGAAACUGUGAGGCAGCACACAUAUGACGGCGUGUCAACCCAGGAAACAGCCCUUACCACUGACAUUACCCGCAGCCUGGUUGCACUAGACAUUUUCAAAACAACUGCAACCUUGCUUCUGAGUGGCUCAAAACAGACAGUCACUAACUACGAUCUGAUCUGUUGUUCUUCUGCAAAGAUAUUGAUGUUUUCAGGGUGGGAUACAAGUACAGGUCAGUAAAUACAAGAGAAUUGACAACAGAUCUCAGAAGGAAUGGCUUUUGUUCGAUAUGAAUACCACCUCAGCACAAAAAAGUUAUUCAGAGAUUCUUGAAGAAAGGACCUGAAAGCGAUACUGAAACUCUACUCAUUUCUUAUACCAGCAGAUUCCUGAAGAAAGGACUUUCACCCAAUACUAGUGAGCGUUGUCAGCAAAGCUCAGAAGAAAGGACUAGCUGUAUUCUGAUACAAGCAGAUUCCUGAAGAAGGGCUUUAACCCAAUACUGGUACCAAAUCCCUACUGGAGCAGUGUCAACAAAGCUCAGAAGAAAGAACUAAAUUGGAUAUAAACAGCAGAUCCCUGAAGAAAAAGCUGAUACCAACUCACCACUGGAGCAUUGUUAACAAUGCUUAGAAGAAAGAACUAACCCUAUUCUGAUACAGUCCAUACAAGAGAAUUGACAGCAGAUAACAUUUAUGCUGAAUUAUGACCGAUACAUCAAGUAAGUUAUUGCAGUAAGCAUGAAUAUUGCCAUGGUUUACCAGAAAGCAUACCAAACAAAAGAUCACACUUUUGCUAUUAAAUGUAGCAUUUGGAAAGAACGCCAUGAAGGAAUGGCUUUUGCUCGAUAUGAAUACCACCUCAGCAGCAAAUGUUAUUCAGAGAUUCUUGACGAGAGGACUUGAAAGCGAUACUGAUCCCAAAUCAGCACUGAAACUCUACUCAUUUCUAAUACCAGCAGAUUCCUGAAGAAAGGACUUUCACCCAAUACUAGUGAGCGCUGUCAGCAAAGCUCAGAAGAAAGGACUAGCUGUAUUCUGAUACAAGCAGAUUCCUGAAGAACGGCUUUAACCCAAUACUGGUACCAACUCCCCACUGGAGCAGUGUCAACAAAGCUCAGAAGAAAGAACUACCUUGGAUAUAAACAGCAGAUCCCUGAAGAAAAAGCUGAUACCAACUCACCACUGGAGCAUUGUUAACAAUGCUUAGAAGAAAGAACUAACCCUAUUCUGAUACAGUCCAUACAAGAGAAUUGACAGCAGAUAACAUUUAUGCUGAAUUAUGACCGAUACAUCAAGUAAGUUAUUGCAGUAAGCAUGAAUAUUGCCAUGGUUUACCAGAAAGCAUACCAAACAAAAGAUCACACUUUUGCUAUUAAAUGUAGCAUUUGGAAAGAACGCCAUGAAGGAAUGGCUUUUGCUCGAUAUGAAUACCACCUCAGCACCAAAUGUUAUUCAGAGAUUCUUGACGAGAGGACUUGAAAGCGAUACUGAUCCCAAAUCAGCACUGAAACUCUACUCAUUUCUUAUACCAGCAGAUUCCUGAAGAAAGGAUGUUCACCCAAUACUAGUGAGCGCUGUCAGCAAAGCUCAGAAGAAAGGACUAGCUGUAUUCUGAUACAAGCAGAUUCCUGAAGAAGGGCUUUAACCCAAUACUGGUACCAACUCCCCACUGGAGCAGUGUCAACAAAGCUCAGAAGAAAGAACUACCUUGGAUAUAAACAGCAGAUCCCUGAAGAAAAAGCUGAUACCAACUCACCACUGGAGCAUUGUUAACAAUGCUUAGAAGAAAGAACUAACCCUAUUCUGAUAUAGUCCAUACAAGAGAAUUGACAGCAGAUAACAUUUAUGCUGAAUUAUGACCGAUACAUCAAGUAAGUUAUUGCAGUAAGCAUGAAUAUUGCCAUGGUUUACCAGAAAGCAUACCAAACAAAAGAUCACACUUUUGCUAUUAAAUGUAGCAUUUGGAAAGAACGCCAUGAAGGAAUGGCUUUUGCUCGAUAUGAAUACCACCUCAGCACCAAAUGUUAUUCAGAGAUUCUUGACGAGAGGACUUGAAAGCGAUACUGAUCCCAAAUCAGCACUGAAACUCUACUCAUUUCUAAUACCAGCAGAUUCCUGAAGGAAGGACGUUCACCCAAUACCAGUGAGCAUUGUCAGCAAAGCUCAGGAGAAAGGACUAGCUGUAUUCUGAUACAAGCAGAUUCCUGAAGAAGGGCUUUAACCCAAUACUGGUACCAACUCCCCACUGGAGCAGUGUCAACAAAGCUCAGAAGAAAGAACUACCUUUGAUAUAAACAGCAGAUCCCUGAAGAAAAAGCUGAUACCAACUCACCACUGGAGCAUUGUUAACAAUGCUUAGAAGAAAGAACUAACCCUAUUCUGAUACAGUCCAUACAAGAGAAUUGACAGCAGAUAACAUUUAUGCUGAAUUAUGACCGAUACAUCAAGUAAGUUAUUGCAGUAAGCAUGAAUAUUGCCAUGGUUUACCAGAAAGCAUACCAAACAAAAGAUCACACUUUUGCUAUUAAAUGUAGCAUUUGGUAAGAACGCCAUCAAAUUUGAGAAAAAAGUGUUUACAUAGAAAUAAAUCAGGUUUGUUCAGAGGAUUAAAUGUUUUAGUUUUACACCGGGAUAUUGCUUUUGGGAAUCAUUUAAUCUACCCCAGGACCUUCAAAACCCUCUGGUGUUUUGACAUGAAAAUAGUUACCAUCAUGUCUGCAUGAAUAUUUUUAUGCAGUAAAGAAUGUGUAAAUGAACCUAAAAUAGAGUUAACUGCAUUUAUCAAUGGAAAUAGACACAACCCAAGCGCACCGGUGUUACUACAGUGAAACAAAGGCUAGACAGAACUGUAUAAUCUAUUCUUCAACAGCGUUCCUGUCAUAUAGCAUUACACACAUGGGCAUAUGCAGAACAUAGAGCCAAUCUGUUUCCGUUGUGCUCUGCAAGGUUUUGGUCAGCCUUUGAAAAAGAAACUUGCUGACAUUAAACAUCAAGUAGCAUGUUUACUCUUGUACCUUUGUUUGUUCCUUGUAAGGGACAUUAUGCUGAAACUUGUCACAGGUUGUAAAUAUAAUUUUGCAAAGGAGUUGUCUUGAAACAACGUGACACACGACCAUCACCAGACAAUGCCAGUGAGCUUUGAUGCUCUUCCAACAUGCUGCCUCCAGUUAAAGUCUUGUCCAGCUUGAUUAGAUACCUUCAUAUAGCAAUGUUUCAUUGGGAACUUGGCUUAUUGUUAUGAAGAUCAUCCAUUUAUGCAUCAUCGUGUACAAUGAUCAUGUUAUCAGAUCAUUGUCCUUACAGUAUCCACUGGAUUAUUCUCUUUUUAUGUACAUGUAGUGUCACCGAAUAUACCGGGAAUAUUGAUAAGUGGUGUGCACUCAGUUCGUUCACUAUACCUUCACUGGAGACCCUGAUUCGCUGAAAAGACUCCUGGGAUUGCCACAAUGACUUCAGUGAGGACGCCUUUAAUAAUAUUACACAGAGAUUGCAGGAUCAAUCCUAUGUUUGAUGUAGCAGACAAGUGAAGAUAUUCCAGAAAUAUAUCAUACCUGAUGGGGAAGAAUUGUCAAGGGUACCCUUGAAAACAAACCUGUGAAAAAUAUGUGUUGCAUAUUAUGUUUAAGAGCGUUUAAAUUGGGAUUUUUGAUGCAAUCAACACAACACAAAACAGAACAGAAGGAAAUGGCAUGUUAGUUUUAGAAUGUUCUGUGUUUAUUAUCUACACCUGUGAAAGAUCUAAGCACCAACCUCCUAUCCUCCAGAUGAUAGGAAAGGGUAAUGGAACCUUUGCCCUGGAAGUGUUACAGUACAUGUCAUUUCAGUUGCUGGGUCUCAAAAUCAGUAUGUCUUUUUGUGUGCAAAAAGGAAUGUUUUUACGGCAGAACCAAUACAGGAUUCGAUCUUUCGUACGUGGAAAUGUAUUACAUUUCCCCAUCAACAGGUAAGUAUAUUGGGAAUAAGUUUCAUCUGCCUCUAUUUUGGAUGGGAUGUUUUUGAGAAAUAUUUGUAUUAGGAUUUAGUGGUUGAAUCUGAGAGAAAACUAGAGGUUUGUUUUGUAAAUUAGGAAUAUUUUAUGGAUAACUUCUGUAAUUACUGUAAAGGUAACGUUUCGUACAGAUCCUUUACACUAGUUGCGUCAAUACCGAAACGCAUGCUUGGCGUAAAAGGCGACUGUGCUUGUCGUAAAAGGCGCCUAACGGGAUCGGGUGGUCAGGCUCGCUGACUUGGUUGAUACAUGUCAUCGGUCCCAAUUGCGUGGAUCGAUGCUAAUGAUAUUAAUCACUGGAUUGUCUGGUCCAGACUCGAUUAUUUACAGACCGCCGUCAUUUAGCUGGAAUAUUGCUGAGUGCGGCGUUAAACAACAAACCAACCAACUAUACCGAAACGUCGCCUUUACAGUAAUUAAAGAAGUUGUUAUCCAUAAAUUGUGUCUAUUUUGUCAUCCAUCAACUUCUAAGUAAUACCUAUCUAAGAAUUCGUUAGGUUUGUAAAUUCAGUGUUAUUAACAGCUGCAUCAUUGUGGGGUUCCUCUCACAUUACGCCGAGAUAUAACUUAACUACAAUUCAAAGUGGCGCCAAAUAUUAGGCAUUCGUGUUAACAUUACUUUUUGUGGUGUGGUGUGGUGUUUGUGAAGUUGCUUCUAUAUAUUUCCUCGUAUGACAUUUGAAUUGUUUUUUUUGUGUAAUGGAUCUUUGACAUACGACAAUGGUAGGUUUAAGAUCGCCUAGUGUAUCAAGUUACAGGUUCCUUCUCUUUCCUCCUCGCCACAGUCUUACCACAUUUCUUAAAAUAGUAGUAUACUACUACAUAUACUGUGACCAGUUAGUGAAUUUCUACACUAAUAGGGGCGGUCGGGUAGUCUAGUGGUUAAAGCGUUCGCUCGUCAUGCUGAAGACCCGGGUUCGAUUCCCGACAUGGGUACAAUGUGUGAAGCCCAUUUCUGGUGUCCCCGCCGUGAUAUUGCUGGAAUAUUGCUAAGAGCGGCGUAAAAUCAAAAUCACACUCACACUCCCCAUUUCUGGUGUCCCCCGCCGUGAUAUUAUUUUUAUUCUGGUGAAACUGACUAUAACUUUUGUUCAUCUCAAGAAACUGAUGAAGGCCACGACCUUGAUGUUCUGGAUACAAGGUUUCAUUCAGCGUUAUUUCUGCCGUUCUCACUAUUUCUCUUAAAAUGCAGUCAUAAUAACUAAUAUUGUAGUGUAUGUAGCUGCGAUUUGAGUGAGUGUUCUUACACGGCUUUUGGAAAUAUAUCAGCUUCACACAUUGUAUUUGACUAGAUGGUCCAAAUUUAUAAACCUGCUGCCACUUUUGACGCUUGUAGUGCAGGUAUGUUAUCGUGUUAACUUUUGUAACCAACCAUUUAAUAGA